UUUUUCUUUCAUUUUAAUUUUGUUGUGUGUUGUGUACACAAAAGCCUGAAAAGGAGAAAUGUUGUGACUGUAAAGGAUAUGUAAAAUGAAGAGUUUGACCACAGCACUUGUUCUGUGUGUCUAUAUUAUUGAUCAUGUUUGGCCACAGACGAGUGGUGGCAAUUCUGAGGUGUGUCUGUGCCCCAACCACCUGUUCUCCUGUGGUAACUGUAUCUGUAUCCCCCACCACUGGGUGUGUGACAAGGACAACGACUGUGGGAACAACAGCGAUGAACUCACCUGUGGACCCUCAUGCCCAGAUGAAUAUUUCACCUGCCAAAAUCACCGGUGUGUGAAGCAAUCUUGGUUAUGUGAUGGUGAUAACGAUUGCUCAGACAAUAGUGAUGAAAUCAACUGUGGCACAGUAUUGACCAAAAAUUGUACAAGCCAGGAGUUUCAGUGUCAGAACGGCAAGUGUAUUCCUCAGAAGUGGAAGUGUGAUCAUGAUGAUGAUUGCGGCGACAAAUCGGAUGAAAUCUGCUCUGACUCGCCUACGACCUGUGGAGCCAAUCAGUAUCAGUGUGGAGAUGGCAUGUGUAUCCAUAACAGCUGGCGCUGUGACAGAGACCAGGACUGUUCUGCUGGAGAAGAUGAGCAGGAUUGUCAUGCUGACCAGUUGUUUUGUGGUGUACAUGAGUUUCAGUGCUUACAUUCCAAAAGGUGUAUUUCAAUGGCAUUGCAAUGUGAUAUGAAGAAUGAUUGUGGGAAUUGGGAAGAUGAAAUGGACUGUGGGAUGCAGCAGCUGUGUGGUGGACAUGAGUUUGCCUGUCAGAAUGGCAGCUGUAUCAGCACGAACUGGGUGUGUGAUGGAGACAUCGACUGUGAGGACAAGUCAGAUGAAAACAACUGCACUAUAGCACAGUGCACCAGCGAGCAGCUCAAGUGUGACACAGGGUUUUGCAUUGCUAAGUCAAAGCGGUGUGAUGGAAACUAUGACUGCCCAGAUAACAGCGAUGAAAGGAAUUGCACUUAUAAUGAUACAAAAUGUAAUGGUGCGGCCUCCUUCCAGUGUGGAAACGGAAAAUGUAUCAGUGUGCCAAUCGUGUGUAAUGGCAUGGAUAAUUGUGGAGACGGAACUGAUGAGACAGACUGUGUUGAUGAAGAUGUGUUAGUGUUUGCUCGGAGACAUGCCAUUAAUCUGAUGUCCCUGUCCAGCUUUGAGUACCAUUCUGUUCCAGUGCAGGGUAUCAAAAGUGCCAUCGCUGUGGACUUUGACCCUGUGGAAAAACAGAUUUAUUGGACCGACAAUGAACAGCAGUUCAUCAGCAGAUCUUACCUUGAUGGCACAGGCUUAGAGAAUCUGAUUCUUGGAGUUCCACGCCCAGAUGGAAUAGCCAUUGAUGCAGUAAAUCGUAAGCUAUACUGGACAGACACAGGAAAGAAAGAGAUAGAAGUAUCUGACUUGGAUGGGAGGAACAGGAAGGCAAUCGUUACUGACCAUCUUUACGAACCCAGGGACAUUGCUGUAGACGUAAAAAACAAAAAAAUAUACUGGUGUGACUGGGGAAUUAAUCCAAAAAUAGAGAGAGCUAAUUUGGAUGGCUCUUGGCGUGAGACUCUGGUCAAUACUUCCUUGGGCUGGCCUAAUGGUAUAGCACUGGAUGUGAAGAGUCAGACCAUCUACUGGGGAGAUGCCCAGAAAAGCUGUAUCGAGAGAGCCAACACAGAUGGAUCCAACAGAACUACAUUUCUAAAUGCCGAUGUACCACAUAUAUUUGGAUUAAGUCUAUUGGGAGAUUACUUGUACUGGAGUGAUUGGCAGAAACGCACCAUUGAGCGAGUAAACAUUUACUUCCUGCCGGACCGCGAGAUUCUCAUGACCAGUAUGGAGGGUCUUAUGGACCUGAAAGCUUUCACUAUCAAAGGAAAGAGGAAUCCAUGCAAGUCAACCCAGUUUAUGUGUCGGUCCAGUCAGUGCAUUGACAAGGAGCAGAGAUGUGACGGCAUGGCACAAUGUCUAGAUGGCUCGGAUGAAGCUGGCUGUCGGUACACCGACGUCCAUAUCUGUAGCAUUGAUCAGUUCCAUUGCUCCAAUGGUCAGUGUAUAGGUAACCAGAAAAAGUGUGAUGGUGUGGGUGAUUGUGAGGACCAAUCAGAUGAAAGGGGAUGUGCAGAUUCGACAGGGAAAACUUCCUGUACACUUGGUAAUGGAGGAUGUGACCAAAUUUGUGAGAUGAAGCAGACGUCAGUUCACUGCUCCUGUCACCAAGGUUACCAGCUGCUGGGAGACUGGAGAAGGUGUCAGGAUAUUGAUGAGUGCCAGUGGGAGGGAUCCUGCAGUCAGAGAUGUACAAACACCCAGGGCUCUUACAACUGCUCUUGUGUCCCUGGUUACCAGUUAAAGACUGAUGGGAGGGGCUGCAAGGCUGAGGGUGGAAAGGCGUAUCUGAUAUUUGCAAACAGAGUUGACAUCAGGAGAGUGCUGACAGACAAUGCUGAGCAUGACUCCAUCUUGCAAGGUCUGGAGAAUGCGAUUGCGUUGGAUUUCCACCUGAGAGACGGUCAUGUGUACUGGUCGGAUGUGGCCUUGGACAAAAUAAUGAGGGCUUUCUUUAAUGGCUCAAAAGCAGAGCCUGUUGUGGAGUAUGGCCUGGAAAGUCCUGGUGGACUGGCAUUGGACUGGGUUCACAAUAAACUGUUUUGGACUGACUCUGGAACUUCAGUCAUAGAAGUCAUGGAUCUAGGUAUUCACAGAUAUCGCAAAGUACUGAUAUGGGACAAUAUGGAAAAGCCUAGAGCCAUUGUUGCACAUCCUAGACAUGGGAUGUUAUUUUGGACUGACUGGGGACAAGUACCAAAAAUAGAACGGAGCUAUAUGGACGGCAGUAGAAGGGUAGUGAUCACCAGUACCUCAUUGUUCUGGCCAAAUGGGCUGACCUUGGACUAUGCCACGGACAAAUUGUACUGGGCCGACGCCAAGCACCAUGUCAUCGAGUGUGCCAACCUAGACGGAUCCUUCCGAAGAACUGUCAUUAACACAGGAUUGCCUCACCCCUUUGCUUUGACACUGUUUGAGGACGAGUUAUACUGGACAGACUGGCACACCAAAAGCAUCAACAAAGCCAACAAGUUUACGGGAAAUGACGUAGAGACUGUCUACAACCGGCUCUAUUUCCCCAUGGAUAUUCACAGCUACCAUCCUCAGAGACAGCCUGAGUCUCCAAACAGAUGUGGUCAGACAAAUGGAGGCUGUAGUCACCUGUGUUUGCCCAGUGUGGUUGGUUUCACCUGUGCCUGUCCCUCGGGUCAACACUUGCUGUCUGAUGGACACAACUGCACCAAUGACAUGGCCACAUUUCUGCUGUAUUCAACUUCAUCAGAACUUCGCAGAAUGAACAUGGACCCAGCUGUAGGGGUGGACCACUCCGAUUCCAUCAUCCCGCUGACCUCUGUGGGUCACGUGAUUGGCCUGGACUUUGAUGCGGAAGAAGACUAUGUUUAUUACACAGAUACAAGUCAUAAGACCAUCAGUCGCGCCAAGUGGGAUGGAACUCAAGAACGGGUGCUGGUGAACAGUCGGUUGAUUGUCCCAGCAGGCAUAGCUGUGGAUUGGGUGGGCAGAAAGCUGUACUGGACAGAUGCUGAACUGGAUGUGAUAGAAGUGUCCAACCUAAAUGGCAGCAUGCGGACUGUGCUUGUGUGGAAGGGCAUGGAUCAACCCCGUGACAUCAUAGUGGACCCAGAAACAGGCUAUAUGUUUUGGACUGACUGGGGUAAAAAACCUAAGAUUGAAAAAAUUGGCAUGGAUGGAAAAAGUAGAAAGGUGAUCAUUAGAUCAGGACUUAAGUGGCCUAAUGGUCUGGCACUGGACAUAGAGACGGAAACCCUGUACUGGACAGAUGCAGGAACCAGCAGGAUAGAAUGUUCCACAGUAGAUGGCCACAACAGAAAGGUGUUGAUCUCAGUAGAAGUACAAAGUCCAUUUGGAUUAACUGUAUAUAAGGACAAAAUCUAUUGGACGGAUCGCCGAGAAAAAGGACUUUAUUCUGCUGACAAAACAAACGGCUCUCAUAUCGAAGUCUUGAAAACUAACUAUGCGGACAUCUGGGAUGUUAUGAUGUUCCACAAAAAUCGUCCUGAGGUUCACACGGACUGUAGUGUGAACAAUGGAGGCUGUAGUCAUUUGUGUCUGGUGGCCCCCUUACCCCAAGGACAUUCAUGUGCCUGUCCCUCAGGAGUUUUGUUAAAAAAGGAUGACAGGACCUGCAACUCUGAAAUGAACAAUUUCCUGAUAUUUGCACGUAGGACAGACAUAAGGAAAGUAUCUCUAGAUGUGGAAUACUUUGCUGAUGUUGUGAUGCCUGUUCGUCAACUCCGCAAUGUUAUAGCCCUUGAUGUGGACACUAUCAAUCGAAAGGUGUACUGGACCGACACAGUAUUAGAUAAGAUCAUGAGGGCUAAUUUAGACGGAUCUCAAGAAGAGGAAAUUAUCAGUAACGGUCUAGAUACUCCAGAUGGACUCGUUGUGGACUCUGUAGGGCAAAAAAUUUACUGGACAGACACCGGACUUAACCGUAUCGAGGUGGCAGAUGUCAAAGGGAGCAUGAGAAAAGUCCUUUUCUGGAAGAAUUUGGACAAACCUCGAGCCAUUGUACUGGUGUAUGAAUACGGGUACUUAUAUUUCACGGACUGGGGAAAGAACCCAAGGAUUGAGAGAGCAUGGAUGGAUGGACAGAAUAGAAAAGUUUUGAUUGACCGGGAUUUGGGCUGGCCCAAUGGACUUGUGAUUGACAAGCCCACUAGGAGGAUGAUCUGGGCAGAUGCUAGAAUGGAGAUUAUUGGGAGUUCAGACCUGGAUGGGAGCAAUAGAAAGGUCCUUCUGAAAGGAGUGAAACAUCCAUAUGGCUUGACUGUGUUUGGUAAUGAUAUGUAUUGGACUGACUGGCAGAAAAUGUCCAUUAUGAAAGCAAAUAAAUUCAGUGGAGGUGAUGUGAAAACACUGAGAUACAACUUGUCUGGACUAAUGGACAUACAUGCCGUGCAGCUUGACUCAGGAGGCUUGGAAAAGAUGGACAGGUGUCAAAAGAAAAAUGGUGGCUGUAGUCAUCUGUGUCUGCCAAACCCCACAGGUUAUUCAUGUGUGUGUCCCACUGGUUUGAAGCUGCAGGAAGAUGGCAAGCAGUGUCAAAAAGUUCCAGAGAAGUUCCUGUUGUUUGCCAGCAGAGGGAGCGUAAGGUGGAUUUCCAUGGAUACCAAUGACACGGUGGAUGUCUUCCUACCUUUGAAGGAUUUACAUAAUGUCAUUGCUUUAGAUUACGACAAUGCAGAGAAAAAGAUCUACUACACUGAUGUUCAUCAAGACGUCAUUAAACGAGCCAACUUUGAUGGGAGUGAAUCAAAGGUGAUAGUGUCUUCCAAUCUGGAGACUACUGAUGGUUUGGCUGUAGACUGGAUAGGUAGAAAUCUGUAUUGGACAGACACAGGUCGAGAUAGAAUAGAAGUAGCCAAACUUGAUGGAAGAUACAGGAAAACAAUCAUCAAUGAAAGACUGGAUGAACCAAGAGCCAUAACUCUGUACCCAGAGAAGGGCUGGAUGUUCUGGACAGACUGGGGAAACAAACCAAAAAUAGAGAAAUCAUAUAUGGAUGGAACCAACAGAAAAGUUAUAGUAAACACUGGUCUAGGAUUUCCUAAUGGUUUAUGCAUUGACUAUGAGAUGCAGCGCUUAUACUGGGUGGAUGCCAAGCUAGACAAGAUAGAGACCUCAGACUUCAAUGGCGAACACAGAGCUGUUUUAAUCAAUGACAUCAUUCACCCGUUUGGCUUGGCAGUGUAUGAGGAAUACAUCUACUGGACGGACUGGCAGACGGAGAGGAUUGAGAAGGCCAGUAAGCGCACAGGCCUGCAGAGGACAAUCAUCCAGCAAAGCCUGGAAGGGCUGAUGGACAUUGAGUUUGUGGCUCGCGACAGACAGAAGGGUAAAAACAUGUGCUUGGUCAAGAAUGGAGGCUGUUCCCAUCUAUGUUUAGCCAGACCUGAUGGUUAUCAGUGCACCUGUCCUGACAAACCUGACCCUAAGAGACCCUGUGUGUUGGUACCCAGUAAAGAGAAGAACAGCAAAAAUCCUGUUUAUGUUAACUUAGGCUGCUCUGAUGAGGAUUCUGCCGCUGGUCUGUGCGAUACACCCUCUCCUACAGCUUCUACCACUGAAGAUAAUGUGACAAAGAAAGUGAUGAUAGCAGUUGCAUUGGGGAUCAUAGUCCUGAUCUUUUUUAUCAUUGCAGUUGUAGUCAAAUAUAGGAGAAGGAAAAAAAGACAAACAUAUGAAGUUGGGCAAAGUGAGUUCUCCUCCCUGACCUACUCCAACCCCACCUACCAGAAGACGAGCACAGAGACCAUCAAUGUGGACAACAGCUCACUGUCAGGCUCACAAGAAUGGAAAAUAUUUAAGUUUAACAAGAAAAAGGAGAAAGUGACAUUUCUUUUGCCAUCAAAAGACAAAGGGAUAAAGAACUCCGAGAAGGCGGCGCUGGUCACUCAAGUGGACACACACAGUGCCAGUCACUCCCAGCACUCGCCUCACAGGGUGGUCAACAAGAGGAUGUUCAAACCAAAGAGUUCCAAAGAGGCCAAAGCUUUAACCCCAGGUGUUCCCUACAAACCAGUGGACACUUAACAACUGUUACGUGUACGUAUGCUGAACUCAGCAAAAUGUCUAAAACUUCAUGUCAUACUACGGAAAAACUUCGGAACAGAAGGGUCUAUUGGCAACAUUCUGUGACAUACUGUGUGGAGUUAUUGGUUACCGUAUUGAAUCAGUUCUAUGUGAUUCACUGCAGCAGAUGCCUGGAGCUUCAAAAUCUCAAGUAUGAUGUAUUUAUACAUUUGAAUUUUAAAUGAUGGACCUUAUGUGACACUGCUGAUGCUAAAAUUCCCACCAAAUCGGCGACUGCUGUAUACAUGUACUUUUGUUAAAUAUUAUGAUGAAUCAUCGAGGAACUGUUUCACUUAAUAUUAGGCUUUUUAGAUCUGCUCAGAAAUUAUAUAUAACGUCCCUGAAUUACAGAGCAUUAAUGUGUAUGGUUUAUUUUCUUGAUUUACAACAUUGUAGUCAUAGAUCUGAUCAGAAAUUAUAUACAAAGUCCCAGAUUUACAUAGCAUUCAUGUGUAUGAUUUAUUCUCUUUAUUUACAAAAUUGUUGUCUUAUAUGCAUGUAUACAUGAGAACACAAAGUCUGGGCUAUUUACACUACCCAGCCGGAGGCCCUCUGGCUUUGGAUCAGUGGGUAGACUGCCUAGGAAUGUGUUGUUCUCUGAGUUUGGUGCUAUCAGUGUAGAUGAAGUGUGAAUGUACUUGUUGAGUGGAAUUCUUGUGGCAGCUUGAUGUCUGGUUGUAGACCUUUUUCACAUUUUAUAAGAAAUAAUAUGAUGUAGAACAAGGGUAUUUUUUCACCAUUUUAUGUCACCAGAUUUUUAAAUCACCUGAGUGACUCAGGCCUAUGGCCUCUAAUAAUAUUAUGUUAUAAAUUAAUGUACUUUGAUUGUAUAUAUAGAUACAUGUAUGUUUUUAAAUUGGUAGCUGUUCUUUUAUUACAAGUUUUUAAAAUUUUCUUUUAAAGGGUGUAAUUAUGAUAGAUUUUAGCAAUUUCAUUUUUCCAUUAUUUAGUUAGUUCUAUUACCAUUUAUGAUGUGUGCAUAAACUUGGAAUAUGAGUACUUCUUAAAGAUGAUCAGAUUUUUCAAUCAGAUUUAUUUCAUCUUAUUUGCUUUAGACUAAAAUCGUACCAUGUGACCACCUAAGUCUAAAGUCGAAAGCAAAGUCUGAAGUCGAUUGAAAAUCUGAAUGCAUUGGAUUUUCAAUUCACUAUCUGGUGAGAAUCGUGAUGUCACAAUGACUUUUUCCUGUGCAACAAAAAUAUUGAAUAGGUUUUAUUAAUCGAAAAUCAAUUUGUAAAAUCGUAUAGUGUGACCACCUCAUCAGUCGACUUCAAUUGACUUACCUGAGCAAGUCAAUUGAAAAUCUAAUGGUAAAUCGCAUCUUGCAACCGCACCUUUAAGACACCAUAACCAAGUUUUUAAGAGUAAGGUUGUGACCCUUAAACAAGGAGAGAUUAUAAUGAAAAUAUAAACAAUAGCAGUUGUUGCUAAUAUAAAGAAACACAAAAUUUCUGGUUUACAGACCAAUAUUCUUUCAAAGGGAGUUUCCAUCCCCCCCCCCCCCCCCCAGAAAAAAAAUAAUGAGGCAGGCUUUUUAAUUAGCAAAUUUAUAAAACACAUAAAAUUAAGUAAGAGUGUGCUCUACUAUUUCUUCAAGUACAUUUUGAUAUAAAGUUGGUUGGGUCCCUAUGCAGCAAGUAUAUGGUUAAAGUAAUUCUUAAUAUCCUUAGUAUAUCUUGUGCAAAAUAUACAAUUCCAUGUCUUAUGUGGUUUAUUUUUCUGACCAGAAUCUACACAAUAUGUAUACCCCUCUUUUCUACAACAGUUUUUCAACAAAAAUUUAACAAAUAGCAGAUGUACGGUUUUCAUUUUCUUCCAUAAACUGAAAAAAGAUGUUUAGUAAUGAAAGAAAUUUUAAAAAGUUACAAAAUUUGACAUAUCAUGACAUACAUUUGUAAUUUCAUGGUACAUUUGUAAGAUACUGUGGACUUUAAAAUUUUCUUAUAAUGAUACAUAAAUGGUAUUACUUUAAUUCCAUUAGCUAUUACAAUUGGAACAAUACAGCAUGCAUGACCAAGGAUCUAUGAUACAUAAUGUAUAUGUAGUGUUAGGGCGUCAAGAUGUUUCAGUGAAGAACUAGGUCACACUGACUUACUUUUGGUGUUAAUCAGAUAAUCUUGCAACUUCAAGAUAUGUUUACCAAAAAAAGAAGGUCACAGUAAUCUACUCUUAGCUUUUCAUCAUAAUUGUUAAUAAUAAUCCAAUAUUGUCAUCAUAAUUGUUAAUAAUAAUCCAAUAUUUUCAAUUCUUGAUACCGGUACCUUGAAGCCUAUUGUUGUAAGAUGUGUCAGUUGAUCUUAGAAUCUUAGAAUAUGAUGUUCUAAGAGUAAAUUUCAAUGAUAUACAUUUUACAUUUUGUUUUUACUUAUUGUCUAAUUUUGGUGAGGUAUUCAAUUUUAAGAAGAGUUAUAGAUUAAGAAUAGUUCCAACAAAUGUUGGGUAAGAAUCUGCGCAGUAAGUUGCAAGAACUUGUGUUCAAACCUAUGGUAUAUUAUAUAAUGGAAUAAAAUAUAUUCAAAUCAACUGUUGUUCAUGUGAGCAAUGUGAUUCAUUGGCCUCUUGAAGCCAUUUCAGUGGAUUAAUUUUGAAGCCUUUGUUUGUAUCAAUAUAAAUAUAAGCCACAAUUACCUGCAUUCUGUGUUGCAUGGUAAAUAACAAGAUUAGUGAGGGGAUUAUUCAUUUUGUACAAUCAACAUAGCAUUACUUAAGAGUCAAAAGACUUAAAAGAAGAUAAAAGCAGUCUGCUUUAAUUCAUAGUAAAAUCUUUAUCUCUGAUAUAAUAGACCUAGGAUCACUAUACCUUAAUUGUUAGUUGGUGUGUCUUUAUAACUUCAAUAUUUGUUAACUGUAAGUUAGGUCAUCAUGACCUACUUUUUGCAUUUUACUAUUCAUUGUCAAUCUUUUUACUUUAGGCAAAUGAUGAAAAGAAUUUUAGUAGAUGUUAGUAGAACACUUAUGAAAGAGGUAUAGCACACUUAAUAUACGAUUUGGCCUCAAAUAUAGGACUUUUUCAAAUAUCAGACAUUUUUAAUAUUAUACAAUAUUUAGUUUAAAUAUAUUAAAAGAAACGCAAAUAAGACAAUUUCCAUGCUAGAAGACAUCCAAUUAAAAUAAUGUUCUACAGGUACUGUAGUACACUUUUACAUUGAAUUAAUUUUGGUUUAACGCAGUCUUCGUACUGAAAAUUAGACAAAUAUUUCAAUCAGUGUUUUUUUCUAAUACAAUCAUGUAUAUAGCCUUAUAUAUUGAAAAUGCAUCUGCUGUUAGAUGUGUGGCCUAGUGGUACAGCGGAGGUCUUUUGGAUUUUGUGGUCGCUGGAUCGAAUCCACUAGCUAAGUGAUUUUUUUUCACUAAUAAAUUGAAACAUGAACAGAAUAGAGAGAUUAAGUUACACAUUUCUAAUCUUCUGGGCUUUUAAAAAAAAUUAUCUUGUUUACUUCAAUCUGAGUAUGUCAUAUUGAGCAUAACCAAUAUAAACAGAUCUCUUCAUUAACACUAUACAUGUACUCUAUUUACACUUAGAUCCAUUGCAUUUUGCUUGAACUUGUCACAGUUCAGAAUAACAACUACUGCUAUACACAGAGUUUCCCGAAUUUAUGACAAAUCAGUUGUUACAGACACCAUUAUAAAACCAGUACAGUGUAUCCAGGUUUCAAAAAUCAUAUUGCUACAGCUAGGUACCUGAAGCUAUUUUUAGUAACAGGUACUUUCCGUCCAAACACAGGUGUAGGCGAAAUAAUGGCGAAAAGGCGCUAUACCUCUUGGUUUCCGAAAUAUGUCACCAUGACCAUCUUUUAACACACUUUAAUUUUAUGCAUUAUCAAAUCUUGGAAUAUGUAUAUGAAAAUGUUUGCCAGUGUGUCAGUGCCCCUGAACCUAUUUAAUACAUUUGCUUGCAGAUUGGAAUCGUGAAUUUGUGUACUAUUGAGAAGUAAAACUUCAUGUAGCUAGGAUAUCUGUUGUGUAAUUACUAGCUAAUAGCAGCGAUUGAACUCAAGAACUUUACUUAUAAUUAUACUAAAACAGUUGAGUAAAUGAAGGUGAUAAAUUUCAAACCCUAUUUUGAAUUUUGAUUUGUUUCUUAUAAAAAAAAAACCAAGUGUUUACUAUGCUUUACUAGUAUUCAUUUUAAAACAUACAUGUUGACCAUAUUUUUAGGCAUCAUUGAUUAUUUCAGACCACUUGGGAUGAAAAUAUCUGCUUUUCUCAUAUGUUUGCCAAUAUUUUGUCCCUCAGGGGUUCAUAUAAUUGAUGUACUGUCAUGAUCAAAUCUUAAUCAUGUUUUAAAUAAGUGAAUGCAUGGGCGUUGCAUACGGGUACAGCUACUAGAUUUGUUUCACUCUAUUGUAUUUUGUAUACACUUCAUGACAAUAAAUAUAUAUAUACACAAUUUAUAA